ACAUCUACAACUUCAACAUCUUUUAGAGAUGUCAUCCUUCCGGCAACGAAAACAGACAUACACUAUCAAAUCGAGUUAGAUGAAGAAAAAAGGGGGCGCAAAUGUCGAAGAAGUUGUAGAAACGUUGCAUUUCAAGCAAGUGUCAGUCCGACAAUAAAUGAUAUAAAAGCUGAUGCAACGAUUUUAUUCGGAGAUUGCACAACAAAUAUUGGAGGAGCUUUCGAUGCCAAAAGUGGAAUAUUUACAACACCAGUUGCGGGCACAUAUAUAUUCCAUUCGACGAUUUUAACGCCCCCAAAGUCGGUAGUUGAAACAGCACUUCAAGUAAACGGAGAAGUCAAGAUGCUGCUAUAUUCUGGCGAUAACUCGUUAUAUUCACCGGGUAGCAAUAUGGUGGUGCUUCAAUUAAAAGUCGGAGAUCUUGUGAAGAUGGUGAAACACGGGCCGUGGGGGAAAACGCCAUUCACAAUACAUCAUAGGUUUAGCACGUUCUCUGGUUUCUUACUGCAGGUUGAUUAACUGUCCAUCAGAAAAUACUGGAUGUUAAAACAAACACAGUGCGUUUUGAUAACAUUUUGAGACCUUUAUAGAUGUGACAUUACAGAUCUUGAACUAUGUUUUUUUGCAUGAACGAGUAAUCGUAGGAUUUUAUUCUUUAUUUCAGUGUUUAUACAUUUUGUCGUUCCAUUUCAAGAAGUACUGAAAACAUGAAUCUAAAAUAUCAACAAGACUAGUACUUAAGGAACAGUUCAAUUUUGUCUGGGACAAUAUUCAUAAGAUAAUCAUUAUACAUUGCACUAUAUGAAAGGGAUUUUCUACAUGAAGGUGAAUACAUACU